AUGGACAAAAACUUGGGUGUGCAUGUCUCCUUUGUCAAGUCAUCCAACUUGGACUCGUGGCAAAGAAUCCAAUUAAGAAACUUUAAAUUUGGCGGGAAUCAAGCAGCCAAGGAUUUUUAUGUAAAGAAUGGUGGAUCACAGUUUGUCAAUAGCAACAAGGAUGGAGUUGAUGCUACUGCAAAAUACACGUCACCAGUGGCUAAUAAGUAUAAGGAGAGGUUGAGACAAAAGGCUGCACAGGAUGCCAUUAAGCAUCCCGAUAUUGUGACUUUGGAAGAUUUAAAUGAUUCCAAUAGCAGCGAAUCACCAAGCGAGAGCACUGACGAUUUCUUUUCAAACUGGACUAAACCAGUUGGUGCUGCAGGUACUGGUUCAGGGUCUAUAUCUGCAUCUGCUGCUGUCUCGGCAACAGGAUCACCUUUGGGUUCAAGAAGCAACACACCAAAUGCAUCAACAGAUGAUUUGCUGAAGAAGAAACCUGUGACUAGGACACCAGCAGCUCGUUUAAAAACAAGCAAUGCAGCCAAGAAAUCAAUUUUGUCCUCUAAAGGUAAUGGCCCUAGGAGCUCAAGGUUGGCGAAAAAAAUCAACACCGCAGAGGAGAUUGAUUUUGAUGAGAUUGAGCGAAAAGCUAAACAAGAAGAAGAAGAGAGAAAGAAGCUUGGUUAUAGUCCACUGGUGGAAUCAACAACCUCGUCUACUAGUGCAGAUAUCAAAACCCCCAAUUCAAGUACAAAACUCUCGUCAACAACUUUGCCAACCAAAAAGACUGCUGAAAAACCAGCAAUACAAGAAACUACUCAGCAAUUUCAAAAACUUGGGUUUGGUAUGGUUCAAGGCGAGAAUGUCACUGCGCCAACUAAACAAUACAAGGAUAUCAAGUAUACAGGAGAAGUAUCGAAUAAAUUUGGGCAACAAAAGGGUAUUUCAUCAGAUGAGUUCUUUGGACGUGGUCCUCGAUUCGAUGAGGAUGCCAAGAGAGAAGCGCAAAGCAAGUUGCAAGCAUUCAAUGGAGCACAAUCGAUAUCGUCGUCAUCAUACUUUGGUGAAGACGACGAGACAACCAGAGCUGCGAGGUCCAACUCUAAUGGUGGAAUCAACUUGAACGAUAUAGAGGCUAGUGCGAAAGAGUUUGCCUCUAGAUUCCUGGGUAAUGCAAACCAAGAUUUGGAAGUGUUGAAGGAUGCAUUGGAAGAUGGUGCUACCAAAUUGGGAUCAUACUUGAGAGAUUUCUUGAGGUGA